UACCCGGAGUGCGGAAACAAAACAAAACCCGGAGCUAGUUUCGUCCUCAGCCACAGGGUACACUCGGAGAAAUAAUAAUAAUUUUGUCCGACUCACAGUUUUACACUUUAAAAUUAGGAGAAUUCAAAAACUAUUUUUACCCAAACUACAAAGUUCGUUUCAAAUCAUGAAAUACAAAAGUAGUUCUGUUUUAAAAAUAAUAUAAGUUAAAAAUGGGUGGCUUCAACAGUAAGAAAAACAAAGAACCAGAGGUGGAUCUAUGGGAUAGUAGGUUUAAGAAGGUGGAUAGAGAGAGGGAACGAAGAGAUAAUGACUGGGCAAAUAAUUCAACAACAUCAUAUAAUCUUUUUGAUCUCGAGGAGCAGGGUUUCCGAGCAAGUCCUGAUCCGUCUCCUCUUGACUCCCACAGGUCCUCAGACCAGGAGCUCUUUGAAUCCGUCCCUGUCAUACCGGCAUAUAAACUGCAGCAGGCCAACCCGGAGGAGAUUCCAGAAGAUUUUAUACCACAGAAGGCUGCACGAUUGCCUGUUCAGAAGAACUACUACGUUAGCCCUAAACGUGGAAAGAAGACACGGAGCAAGAAACCCCGUCCUCCUUGGGACGGAGAACUAGCGGAGCAGGAAAACAGGAAACCGGAAACAGUAAACAGUGCACCGAACAGAAAUCCGGAAGCAUCGAGUAGGAAAUUUUCGACCAGCAGUGAUAUUAGUACUGUUGUAUUACCUACUGGACGAAAAUCUCCUCCCACGUUUACAACUGUGAGUAAACCUCUCGUCUCUCCGACCAAAUCUCCACGUAAACGAGUGCCAUAUAAAUCUAAAAGUGAUCCGUCCCUAAAGAACUCUAUCAAGAAAAACUCUUCCUACCCUCCGAAGAGACAGCCAAAACCCUCUCGAACAGCCUCAUUGGACAAAGAUUCUCUAACCAAGCCUAGUUUAAACAAUAACAAUGAAGAAAAGAAGAAUUUUAGUGUUUACAACGGGGGUCGAGCUGGUACCCGGAGUAAAACGCAAGCUCCGUCCUUUACAAUAACUAAACCAGCCAACCCACCUGUGAUAGAAUCUAAACCAAGUACCGGUCCCUCUGUGUAUGUUGAGUCACCUAGAGAAGAGAUAAAGCGUCCCUCCAGUGAACCAAUAAAGGAGACAAAACGAGAAGGUUCCAAAAUAAGACAAGCAUCAAGAGAACCUUCAAGAGAACCUUCUAGAGAACGGAGAUCUCAACCAUCAAAUAAAGGUGAGUUUUUGAAAUCUUUACUCUCGUCCCCCCAUGUUUACAAUAUAUGA